UUUCGUGGUGCGCGGACGGCUUUGUAGCGCGCAAUAAAAAAUUCGGCUUUAUUCUUUGUCAUAUAUGAAGCUGGGGCUAAUGACAAACAAUUAAUCGCUUGAAAUUCGGCUAAAAUUUAACGUACGGAACAAAAUAGCCUGGAGUCUCGGCGUGGUCCUAAUCGUGUAGUGUGCGUUCAGUGAUUCCCGCAUAGUCGAUUGAGCAUGAAUAAUAAAGAAGUAACCGGUGAUAUUGUCGUGUGUUCACUCGAAGGCGAGGUCUGGUGAUAGAGCGCAGUGUCAGGGCCGUGGGAUUCGUCGUGUGAUGAGUCUGCGGUGACGACUCGCCGUGGAGCGGUUGGAUGGCGGCAGUAAGCGGCCCCGCGCGGCACUCUCGCGUUUCCAUGAGUGUGUCCAUGUCUCUGAUGCAGGGCGGUACGCAGAGUGCGCCGCAGGGCGCCAUCCUGGCGGCGGCGGCGCCCUACUAUCAGACGCCGGCCAUCCCAACAGACGUGCAGCCUGACCGCCCCAUAGGAUAUGGAGCCUUCGGUGUCGUUUGGGCCGUCACAGACCCGCGCGAUGGACGGCGUGUCGCUCUCAAGAAGCUCCCGAACGUAUUCCAGUCGCUCGUCUCUUCGAAGCGGGUCUUCCGGGAGCUCAAGAUGUUGUGCUUCUUCAAACAUGAAAACGUACUAUCGGCGUUAGACAUCCUCCAGCCUCCCAGCCUCGACUUCUUUCAGGAAAUAUACGUGAUAACGGAGCUUCUUCAGAGUGACCUUCACAAGAUCAUCGUGUCUCCUCAACAUCUCUCCGCCGACCAUAUCAAAGUCUUCCUUUAUCAGAUACUAAGAGGUCUAAAAUACCUUCACUCUGCCCGCAUCCUCCACCGCGACAUCAAGCCAGGCAAUUUGUUGGUGAACAGCAACUGCGUGCUGAAGAUAUGCGACUUCGGCUUGGCGAGAGUCGAGGAGCCGGACGCGAACAAGAACAUGACGCAGGAGGUCGUCACGCAGUAUUACAGAGCACCAGAGAUCCUAAUGGGUGCGAACCACUACACCGCGGCGGUGGAUGUGUGGUCAGUCGGGUGUAUUUUCGGAGAAUUGUUGGGGAGACGUAUCCUGUUUCAAGCGCAAAGUCCCGUACAACAGCUGGAGUUGAUCACGGAGCUGCUAGGCACGCCCUCGCUGGAGGACAUGAGACACGCGUGCGCGGGCGCGCGCGCUCACAUGUUGCGCCGAGCGCCUCGCCCGCCCGCGCUCGCUGCACUUUAUACGCUGUCAGUGCAAGCGACGCAUGAGGCCGUACAUUUGUUGGCACAGAUGCUCGUGUUCGACCCGGCGAAGCGUAUCUCCGUGGUGGAUGCGCUCGCGCACCCGUACCUAGAGGAGGGGCGGCUGCGGUACCACUCGUGCAUGUGCAAGUGCUGUUAUAGCGCGCCCCCCGCCGCCAGGCACUACUCGCCCGACCUCGAGCCCGUAGCUACGCACCCCUUCCAUGACGCCUGGGAGAGGAAGCUGACGUCUGUGCAUCAGGUCAAAGAGGAAAUCCACAAAUUCAUAGCGGAGCAACUGCAAACGUCCCGCGUGCCGCUCUGCAUCAACCCGCAGUCGGCGGCGUUCAAGAGUUUCGCAAGGUAAGGGCGCCGCCACACUGCCACCGCAACCAACCGACACUAGUUCAACCGUCGCGCAUCCAUCCGAGCUGCCGCCGUCACCGCACCAGUGGGAAUGACGCGAAUCAAAGCGUGGCUUAGAUAAGCGACGCGCCGUUUACACCGACACACGAUAACCGAACUAACGGCCCAUGUAUAACGUUGAUGGUUUUAUCGUUAAUGAAAUAGCCUCGUUGAAGAGUAGGCGGACAACGGCCUCAGGACUGCUCACGAAUGGGAAAACUUACGCGUUACAAUAAGAUUGAAUCGACGGCGAAGGUUAAUCCAGUUUUCAAUUAACAAAUGACACUUUGAAAUACCUUUUUGGUUUCAUGUUUCAGUGGUGACAUUUUGGCAAACCAUCAUUAAUCGCAUUUAAAACUUACCCCUAUUCCAUUGAGGGGGUAUAAAAUAUUUUAAUAAAAAUAAGGUUUGAUAAUUAAUGUUGAUAACUGGAUUAUACUUCACGUAUACAAAAAUGUGAUCGAAAAAUUUAAUUAAAACUUGUGUAGUUAAAAAUUUUUUGGAACAAAAUUUUUAUGAUAAAACCGUCAAUGUUCAAAAUUAGCUUCCAUUUGAUUGCUGUAUUGAUUAAGCAAAAUAUACUUACUUUUCAAUUUUAUAUUUCUUAUGACUUCAUAAAUACACUCCAAUUUGAACUUUAUUACUGUGAAAUUUAGUUUGUAGGUAUUAGAAACAUUACUUAUUGUAUUCAGUGUGUAUCGUAAUAGAGUUCAAAGGAUGUUUUGUGUGUAUAUUUUCUAUCAUUGUAGUUUUCAUAUUAUUUUGGUAUAAAGUUAAUUUACCAAACCAUUUAUUUUUUUUUUAAUCAAAUAUUGACAUGAUUAGUGUGAACAUUUUCACACUUGUUCUAAUGUUAAUCACAAUUUUUAUUGAAUCAAACGACAUAAUUAGUGAAAUUGUAAAAACCGCACCAUACCUCAUUGCGAUAAUAAUAUAGAAUUCAAAUUUGCCCAGUUUCGGUUACGUGGGGUUUCAGACAAGUUGUAUUUUAAUACGACGCUCAAAUGUAUCGACAGUCUGCAUUUAUACUAUUUUAUUAAACGUACGAACGUUUUAAGGGCCAAUUCACACUGGGCGUUUCUGAUGUCAUUUUUAUAACGCUUGUAUUGGUUGGUUGGGUUUGCUCAAUGAGAAACGCUUUAUAUAAAAGCAUAAGGAAAUGAGAAGUGUACAGUUAUGUGGCGGAAAAGGGAAUGGUCAAUAGGCGAAGCACAAGUGAGGGAUAAAAAAAAGUAGUAAACUCUUUUUUUGUAUUUUACAUAUAAUUCGCGCAAUCUUCCGUAAAGUAACGUAAUAAAUGCAGUGUGUUUUGGCCAAAGGCGAUUACAUGAUGUAGCGUCAUGCAACCAAAUAUUUUAUCUCUUUUGUUCUAAAAAAAAUUGUGUAGGACGUAGUGACUAUGUGCGUAGGUUAGCGUAGUUGGUUCGGUUCACUGUGUAUAAACGCAGGAAUCGGCGGUAAUCUCACGAGCGUCGCAACAAGAGGGUUGCGGUCAAAAUGAAUAAUACAACGAAACUUGAGUCUAUGGCAAUUCUUAACUAAUAAUGGGACGAAUUUGCCGGCAUUGGGACACUCUUUAAGUGACAUUCAGCAGCGUAGAACACAGUAUGAUUUCAAGUUAUAUUAGCCGCUAUAGUAAGGUGAAAUAAGGCUCAAUAUAGCUUGAGACUGUGACCAUGCAAACGAUACUGAAUGUGUCUUGGGAAAUAAUUCGACACGAAAGAGGUCAACAUUUUGUCAAUGACAAAACGUGGGUACCUAAGUUUUUACGUAAGAAGAUAUGCUUUGUGUAGUUUUAGGUUAUUUUCAUUAUCUUUGCGAUUCCAUGUAAUUAUAAUAUGUAAUAUGUAUGUAAUGUAGAUUUCAAUGUGUGGUUGAUUGUGUUUCAUAUGUUAAUAAUUGGGGCAAUAUGAUUAUGCAUGUUCAUUUUAGAGGGAUGUAUUGGAUGUUUAUUUCGUCUCUCCUUCUCACAAUAAACAGGCAAAUACACAUUCAGUAACAUUUCUCAAUUGUGUUCUCUUAUUAGUAAUUAAUAGUAUCGAAUUUUAUUUUAAUCGAUGACUUAUUGAAUUUAUUGAUUUCUAUGUGUUCUCUAAUUAAAUUAAUCUCUAUAGUUGCGUGCGCAGGCGCUUUGUACUUAACGAGCCAGUCGACCGACUGCGAAUCUCAAGCGUCCAGUGUGCGCGCAGCCUUAUAUUUUGUACCAUAAUAUUUUUAAGCUUAUUCCUUAACACCAUUGUAUGUAACAUCGACUGAACAUUUUUACGUAGCUAGAAUUAGAUAGAAUUAGUAUUAAAACCUAAUAACUUACUCGACAAUGAUAAAAAAAUGAUAAUAAACAAAAUGUACGAGUAAUUUUCACAUACUAUCAUGCAGUAGUGAGAUAUUGUAUAGCGAUGUGUUGUAAAUGUAAUGGAUACAUGUGUAUUUCAAGCAUUUAAUAGGUGUAUUAGAGAUUUGACGUAAGGAACGGAGUGUGUUAGUGUGCGUGAGUUGAAUAUGUAAUGUAUUUUGAUUGGCAAAAUUACUAGCAAAACUUUCAUACAUGUUAUAUGUUACAAAAUUGAUGUCUGUUGUGUUUACUUAGGAAUGGUCCUGUUUACACGAAUAGGCGUGUCGUGAGAGUGAAUAGAUACGUAUAGGUGUGUGUGUUUGAAGUCUCAAGACGUCUUUCGAUACUUGGCUGAGUUUAGUAUACUAAUACACACACAUAUACUAGUAUAUCGCUCACAACGCGUUUACUCGUUUAUAACAUCACGCUGCUAACAUAUAUACGAGUAAUAAUAGCAUAGACAUUGUGUGAAUGUCAAGAGACGUCGUAGCCUUAAAACUAGUUCAAAACUAUUUAAAUGAUAAAAAAUGUAAAUAAAUAAAUGCAUAGUAAUUAAUGUUAGGAUCUAGAAUGGUAUGGAAAAGCCGUUGUAGUAAGCCCAAACGAGUAGAAAUGGUGUUCUUGACGUGCCGUCGCGCGAUACGACUGUAAAGUUUGUCCGUGCGUGCGUAGGUUCAAAUUCGCUUAACGUUCGCGCUACGGUGUCGUCAAGAAACUUUCUAUGGUACAAAGGAGGCGAGCCCUUGUCCAACUUAAAAAUUCUCAGUACGUAUAUGGAUGACAUUGAUUUUAUGAUUCAGAUGUAAUUUGUGUUAUAAUUGUUUAUAAAAACAAGAUUUUUUGGUUGAAAUCGACGUUUGUUUCACCAUGUACGUACAAAGAGUAAAACUAAGAACAAACAGUAACAAGUUAUUAGCGAUAAGACCGAUUUUAUACAAACGCAAUCACGGUUCGGAAAUGCCGUAAAUUAGUUGUUCUAAGUGUCUCACACCAGAUGUCAGCACAUGCAUAAGGUCCAAUGCUGUAUUGUUAUUGGACAAAGAUUUAACAAUUCUCAUAUUUUUUAACCAAAAAAUAUGUAUCAUUCUACAGUGAGUUUCUGUUUACUGGCGAUUUUUUAUAUUUCUUUAUUUUUCUUUCUCUCAUCUUCGUGUGUUCCCAAUUUCACCCAAUAUCAAUAUGCUUCGGGGCCUUGGGUCCGCCUUCUCACUUUUCUCUUUGAUCGUUCCGCAGCGUCUUCAUUUUUAAGACCAUGUUUUUAUGUUUAAUAGCGCCAUCUAGUCGUAAAAAUACCCUCAUUUAAACAAAUCUUGGGACCCAUCACAUGCAUAACAGUAAGUAAUUUUCCAUUCAGAUACCUAUUAAUAACCACAAAGACAGGACAAAAUUAAUCUUGUGUACUGUUUGUUCUAAGACGGGACCGCGAUAUACCCCACCUUGCCUUAUCUCAAUAAACUGUCACUGUGAUCCGUUAGGCGUAAUUUUUGGAUUUUUAACCUUAUCUGUGGAGGUCGUAUAGAUGCGAUUCAUCUAUUUCGCUGCAAGUAGUUUGAUAUUUAAAAUUAGUCAAUUUAUAGUCUUAUUUUAAAUUUGAUUUUGUCACCGGAUUCGAUUAAUCUUAGCGACGCCAUGAUUGGUCAAAAACUUACUAGAGGACGCCCGCAGCUCCACCCGCGUAAAACGAAUAAUAACCAUAAUUCCCGUUCCCUGGGAGCUUCGGGAAAUCCUUUAGACCACAUAAAGAAACUACACGGCAAAUUUUAAGUCUCUAGAUCCACCGGUUUGGGAUGUGCGUUGAUAUGUCUGUCAGACAGUCAUUUACUUUCUUUUAUAUGUUUAGAUUUUUUAAUAAGUGAAUAGAUACGCAUCAUAUUGCCUUCUCAGAUAAAGUCUUACACAUCUUGGAUAAACCACGCUUCACCUGUACAUAUAGCAGAGGAGUUAGAGCUAAGAUUCGCUUGCAGUCGUAACCUGUGUCCUCUGACGCUCGAUUGGAUGUAUGUAAAUAAAUAGACGUAUGUUAAGUAGAUGCUGUAAUCGGAUAGGUAUGUGGGUCCGUUGUGUUAGCGGGAUUCUAAAUUUAAGACCAUGAAUUACAAAGAUUAAGCUAUUCAUACAUACAUUAAUAUUAAUGGUGUAAAAUUUUUGAGGUUUGCAUAAUUUAAUUCUGUCUCUUUCUCUCAUCUCAGCGUGGGCCCAGUUGCACCCUCUACCACUUAACUUCAGGGUCUGGGGUCCACUUUGUUAUUUUUUUUCUCUUUCCACUUUUUCUUGUCAACCGCGCCUUCAGUUUAAAAAUAUUAUGUUACUUUUCGAACAAAAGCUAAUUUGUAUGUCGCUUGGUUGGCUUUGUUUAAAUCUGGCUAGAUUACUUGUAGACCAAAGAUUCCUGUUGCAAAUUUCACGUUUAACUUUCAUUUUUAAUAAGAUGCCCCGCUACCGCAGCGGCCCACUUCAGAGAGUGGGUCGCGAGCGCACACGCAUCGCCCGAUGUGCACGCUUUCUUUUUAUGUAAUUGUACGUAUUGCGUUUCCAGCCUUUCAGAGAUCUCGUAUAUGUUUAAGUUUAAAGUACACGACUGUUCAUUUUACACACGAGUGAUCUUUAGUUUUAAGACGUCAUUUGUUCAACCCCAUGGCCAGUCAGCCGUUCUUGUAAGCUCAGAUAGCUUCCUAUUAGGCCCACGAAACGGGAUCCUAUCCCAAUGUAAAUAUUAAAAAUAAUGUGAUAAGACUUUGAUUUUCACUUUUAACAUGUAGCAUCAAUUGCUUAGUUUGUGUUCAAUAAUCACUCUUAUUUGUAUUAUAAUUUACAUAAUAUACAAAAAGUAAAAAAAAAUGAAAUAUUAAUUGUAUUGUACGUGUAGGUUCACGGCGAUUUUAUGUUAUUUUACCAGUCCUAUUGUAAAUAUUACGUAUUUUGUGCACUGAUAGUCGAUUUUAAGUUACUUAGGUAAUAUCGGAUGGCUGUAUUGAUUUUAUGUUAAAGCCUAAGACACAACAUUGAUAAGACUUAGUAGUUGAGAUGUUUGCUUUGUUUCGCCUUGGCGGACGUUUCCUGUGUAUAAAUGGGUUUAGUUUAAUUUGGCGCGGCGAUCCGUUGGUCGGCGAUGACGGAGGGAGGUUGUAAAUAUAAGGAUACGUUCAUCUCGUGUACCGAUUUAGUUGCAUUUUACCAUUGUUGGGAACUGCCAAAACUAUUGUAAUAAUCAGCGCUGCGUGCAACGGCCCUUACUACAGCCAUUGGUUGAUUGUUACGACUUAAAUUCUAGUGGGACUUACGUACAUUUUCCUGUAAUUAGAUAUUGUUAAAGUGUUCCUUUUGUAGUUUUUAAUACAGAAGAUAUCGUUUCGAAUAGUUGCUUAAUUUGUACGUUAUCUCACUUGUAUUAAAAUGGUAGAUAUAUACAGACAAUGUGUGUACGUGUGGUCCGCUGCACGUAGAGCGCGCGUGCGGAGUAGCAGCUGUAGGAGACGCGACAUUGUAACAAUAAACUACUGCAUAAUUA